UGUGUUCUGUCAUAAUCGUUAUUCAAAGUGAAUUCUUAUUUCUCUUGUUAUAUAUAAUUUUCGUAGAUAUUAAAAAUUAAUAUGUAUGUAUUAAAACAAAAUAAUUUGAGCCAAUUGCUAGCUUGUCGUGGCUGCUUAGCUACUGAUGUUAAACUUUAUGAUUUAUUUGAGAACAAACUGUGGGAACAGUUCGCAAGAUUCGUCGGUGUUCCGGUACUAGCUGGUGAUGGAUAUCCUCACCACCUUUGCAGCAUAUGCGCUGUAUACCUACAGAAGUUCAUAGCAUACAGGAGCAUCUAUAGGAAAGCACAGAACAUGCUAGAAGAAGCUGAGCUACGAGGGAUAAGAAUAACAACUUCAUACAUACGAAAGAUGGAUCGCAAAAAGCAUAUAUUCCUCAACUAUAUUAAAAAGGAGUUAUUCAACAUUGAUCUAUUAAAUCCAGAUGGAGACAUCGUAGAGGCUGUACACUCUCAUGAAAAUUCUGACGAAGCGAUAGACACAAAUGAAGAUUACAAAGCUAAUUGUACAGUUACAAAACAGGAAUAUAUCUAUGAUAAAAGUCUGAGCGGUAACGGUACAGAGUUCGUGCCGGUUGGUAAUAAACUUGUAACUGAAACAGAUUGCAUUAAAGAGUUUCUAGAAAAUUUCACCGAAACUAACGAUAUAUUUGAAACCAAUAAUGAAAUUGAUAGUAACAAUACUACAGUAGAUCUAACAAGCGAAGAUUUGAAAGAAAAUCCAGAAAUACCCGCUAAAAGGAAGAGAUUAACUAAAAAAGUUGUUCCAAUAACAGAAGGGAAUGUUAAAAGAAAGAAAGCUAAAAAGCGAGACGUAGCUGAUAUAACCAAAGAGUUUGCAGAUCAACAUAACUUUAACUUAACAGUGUACACACGUGAGCAGCAAAUUGAGCAAAUAAAAAUGUUAAAAGAAAUGCCAACGAGUAAAUUCCGUUGCGAUUACUGCGGUAUAGGGUUCAAGAAUAAAAAUAAACUGUUGAAUCAUUACAGAAGUAAACAUGACGCGUUGCUUGGGGAUUAUGUAUGUAGCAUCUGUCAUACACGGUUUCGUGAGAAAGACUAUCUGUACAGUCAUAAUGUAGCAGUUCAUAGGUUCAAAUUUGUGUGCAAAAUUUGCGGUUUCAACACACGUGCUCGACUUACAGCUAAAGCGCAUUCAGAAUUCCACGCGGGGAAAACAUUCACGUGUGAAUGCGGGAAGUCGUUUGUUCAUGAGACAACUUAUUUAUCGCAUAGACGAUUGACGCAUACGGCUAAGCUUAUCAGUUGCGAUUAUUGUGGUGAAUCGUUUAUUGGCGAAAGAGGUUUGCGCACCCAUAAACGGAAGAUACAUAGCGAUGUUCUAGAAGAGUCUAUGGUGAAGUGUGGUAAAUGUAACAGUAACUUUAGAACUGAGGAUGCGUUGACAAAACACCAUAGUUUGAGUUGCGGCUCGUACAAUUGUGUGAACUGUGGCGAUGGGUUUGCCACGGAAAAUCUUUUAAAAUACCACCUACUACAGAAUCAUAAUCAUAGAACGAGUUCGGAGAAGCUCAGUGAGUGUAACACGUGUAAGGUUAAAUUUCACAAUCCUGCAGCUUUGUUUAGGCAUUCGGUUGAUAGAUGCGGCGAUGUGGUACCCUGCGUGCAGUGUGGUAUAGGUUUUGCCACAGAAUUGGACAUGAACGAACAUCUCAAUGUGCAUUCGACUGAAGAAUAUAAAUGCGAAGUGUGCCAGAAAACCUUCAAAUUUGCACACAAUUUCGCUGAGCAUUAUGCCCGCCACGCCCCUAAGAAUGCAGCUCAGAGAGGUCUCCGGAAGAAGCGGAGGCCGAAGAACACCAAACGAGUCAUGUGUGAAGUCUGUGGACAGCUUAUCUUGGAGUGUGGGUACCCGAUGCAUCUUAAAAUCCACUCGGGCGAGAGAGAAUACAAGUGUACAUUGUGUCCAAAGCGAUUUAGAGUACCUCUAUCGCUGCAGUUUCAUAUGCGCGUACACACAAAUGAGAGACCGUAUGAAUGUGAUUACUGCCAAAAGAAGUUCAAACUGAGAGCUGCAAUCGUCAGACAUAUCAUGGCCGUACAUUUUGGAGUGAAGCCGCACCAAUGUCACUUAUGUCAAAAAUCCUUUACAACGUCCACGUGCGUGAAAAUGCACAUCAAGACUGUACAUAUGAAGAUUCCUUUGCCUCCGCGAAUUAGAAAACGAACACCCAAGUCUACAGAGUAGGGCAAAAGCGCGGGAAAAAUAUCUGCGUACAUAUUUAACAAAUAUUUUUUUUUAUUGUAAUCUGCCGAAAAUCACAGAAGCCAUUCAAAAGUAUUUUGAAUUCUUAUAAUAUUUAUAUUCUGUAAUGAAAUUUAAAUAAAUUAAUAUAUAUAUAUAAUGUACUAAGUCGCAACACCCAUUUAGAUAUUCUGUUGUAAUAUUGCAAUAAUUAAGAAAAAAAUGCGCGGCAAAAUUAUUUGCGCCAGAAUAUGAAACAAAAAAAAUAUCUGUACACCUAUAU